CAUAAACGAUCACUGCCUUCAUCAAGUCUACGGAAAUCAGUUAAAAACAAGAUGUGUGGUAUCUGGGCGUUGUUCGGCAACGAUGAGUGCCUCUCGGUGCAGGUCACCAGCGCCAUGAGGAUCGCUCACCGCGGCCCCGACGCUUUCCGCUUCGAGAACGUUAAAGGCUUCACAAACUGCUGCUUCGGGUUCCACUGGCUGGCCGUGGUGGACCAGCUGUACGGCAUGCAGCCGCUGCGCAUCAAGAAGUUCCCCUUCCUGUGGCUGGUCUACAACGGAGAGAUCUACAACCACCUCACGCUGGAGAAGCAGUUUGACUUCGAGCCCCAGACGGCGGGGGACGGGGAGGUUCUGCUGCACCUGUACGACCGCUUUGGGAUCAGGAAGAUGGCGGCGCUGCUGGACGGGGUGUUUGCCUUCAUCCUGCUGGACACCCAGAGGAACAAGUUGUUUGUGGGGAGAGACACGUACGGAGUGAGGCCGCUCUUCAAACUGAGCACAGACGACGGGUUCCUGGCUCUCUGCUCAGAGGCCAAAGGCCUCACAGAGAUCACUCACGCCAUGCCGUCUCCUGCCAGCAUCGAACCGGUCCUCCCGGGACACUUCGAGGAGUUCGACCUGAUGCAGAACGGGAAGGUUUGCUCCGUUCAGAUGGAGGCGUUUCACUGCUGCACCGACGAGCCCGAGCACGCUGUCUGCGACUCGCUGGAGACGCUGCCAUCAGGUUUUGACGAGGAAACGGUGAAGAGCAACAUCAGGACUCUGUUUGAGAACGCAGUGAAGAAACGCCUCAUGGCUCAGAGGAGGAUCGGCUGUCUGCUGUCAGGUGGGCUGGACUCCAGUCUGGUUGCAGCCACUCUGGUGAAGCUGGCUAAAGAGGAGAAGCUGCCGUAUAAAAUCCAGACUUUCUCCAUCGGAUCAGAGGACAGUCCGGACAUCCUCGCUGCUCGAAAGGUUGCCGCUCACAUCGGCAGCGAGCACCACGAGGUGAACUUCAGCGCGGAGGACGGGAUCCAGGCGGUGGAGGACGUGAUCUUCCACCUGGAGACGUACGACAUCACCACCGUACGAGCCUCCGUCGGGAUGUACUUGGUGUCGAAGUACAUCAGGGAGAAGUCGGACAGCGUGGUGAUUUUCUCUGGAGAAGGAGCUGAUGAACUCACUCAGGGAUACCUCUACUUCCACAAGGCUCCGUCUCCCCGAGCGUCUGCAGAGGAAAGCCUCCGUCUGAUGAAGGAGCUUUACCUGUUCGACGUCCUGAGAGCGGACCGGACCACCGCUGCUCACGGUCUGGAGCUCAGAGUGCCGUUCCUGGAUCAUCGUCUCACAGCGUACUUUCUUUCUCUGCCCGACGACAUGAAGGUUCCUAAGCACGGGGUGGAGAAGCACCUCCUGAGGGACUCGUUCAGAGACCUGGAUCUGAUCCCAGAUGAGAUCCUGUGGAGGCGUAAAGAGGCCUUCAGUGACGGCAUGAUGUCCGUGAAGAAGUCGUGGUACGUCUGUCUGCAGGAGCACCUGGAGGCCAUGGUGAACGACGAUGAGAUGGAAAAAGCCUCCCAGACGUUUCCUCACAAUCCCCCCCACUCCAAAGAGGCCUUUUAUUUCCGUCAGGUGUUCGAGCAGCAAUUCCCGGGUCGAUCCCAGUGGCUCCCUCACUACUGGCUCCCCCGCUGGACGCAGAGCAGCGACCCCUCCGCACGCACCCUCGCCUUCUACACCCCCGAGAAGGAGGAUCAGUGAGAGGACCCUACUUCUGACUCAGUGUGUCCGAACAACUCAAAGCAGACCAACAACGUAAUCACAGGAAACUCAGAAAUUAAUAUAUACACCAAUAAACACCAAAGCACCAGAGGCCUGUACUACGAAGCCGGAUUUUCGCUUAGCCGGCUGACUUCAGGGAAAACUCGGGCUUUCCGGUCCUACGACACUGGUUCUCUUUUUAGCGGGCUAGAUCUCCA